CCACGCACCUCCUCGCUGGCUACCACUACAAAAUGAUGUCCGGCCUUGACAUCGGUGCAGCAAUCCUCCAGCAUUAUCCCGAACAGAACUUUUUCGACGCGAACCCACCGUUGCCCAACCUUUCUCCUUUUUCUCUCGAAAUAUUCCACUCGAACGAUACCCCCGAGCUGCUGGCGGCGUGCAGGGACAUGGUCGCCAAGUCAGGCCUCAACCCUCUGUCACUAUCCUACGGGACCAAUCUUCUUGACGUAAGGGAGUAUCGGCUCUUCGAGACUCAUUAUCCCCUCGAGGACUAUCAAAAGCCGCCACCACUGCAGAUGACGAGUCUUCCUAAAGAGGCUGUCCUCAUGGAGCAGUUGAACAAACGUGGGAAUACGCUUAUGUUCACCGUGCGCCUCGGCGAGGAGAUCCGUCUGCUUAAGAUUUUUACAGAUCGGGACACGAUCGACUGGCCGAAUUGGCAGCCUCCGUACGAUCCAGAAGCCGAGUCAUGCGUAGAGUAUGAUCCGUUCGAGGGGGAGAAGGAGGCCUACGCGCACCUGCAGCAUUAUGGCACUUGCGAUAAAGGUGGUAUUGUGCCACGGUGCUACGGAUGGCUGCAGCUCGAUCGCGGGCGGAUGGAGGAGAUCCUUGCCCUUCCUAACAUCGCCCAUUCCGUUCACGGCGAGCUGCAGUGGCGCAAGGUCCCCCUCGAUGCGCUUCUCCUAGAGUACUUUCCCGGCGCGCGGCAGCUCACGCACGACGUUUUGACCGAGAAGCUCGCAGACAAGGCCAUGCGCGCGCUCUACGAGGUGCACCGUGCGUAUGUCGUGCAUGGCGACGUGCACCCCCGUAAUAUCCUUGUCCUGCCGGACAAGCGCGUCAUUCUCGUCGACUUCAAUCGCGCUCGAUGCCCCUCUGGCAUGAUUACCUGCAGGCGGCAGGAGCUGUUACGCGAACUGUCAGACGCGUGGGCUAUGUUCUACAGACGAAUGCUGCCUGAUAAACGUAUUGGUCUUGUGCCCUCCCCUCCUGAGGACCUCACGCCAACGGAUGAGCUGUAGUCUGAGAACCAUUGCAGCCGCCCGAUUUCCUUGGACCGCGACCACGACGGCUGUUUUCACACGUGUUACUGGUUUCGCUAGUCCGUCUAAUCGUCGCCUAUCUGCUAUGUGUAGCUCUAGAGUGAAAUC